UGAAUGGGUGGAGAUGAACAGCCUGUCAGAGAGGAGAGCGAUGCUUUCUGGCGAGUGCAGUCCAGGCUGCUGUGUGCAAAGACGGUCUGAAGGUUGCAGCAGCUUUUAGGAAUCAGCGUUCCAACGAAAUCUCCGCCUGCAUCUGCUGCAGGAAAGACUCCAUUCUGCACACAAGGCUCCCUCGUUGAUCGGUCUUUGAGACAUGGCCAGCAGCAACCAGGCCAGUUUACAGGAUGCCCAGAGCCGGCACUGCAAGUUCCUAUCUUAUAUGUUCUACCAGGCUGUCCGGGAUCACAAGCCUGUGUGGAUGCUGGAGGACAUGAGGACUAUGGAGUAUUUUUAUUGGGAAGAAGAUGCCAGCCAGAGGACGUAUUCACCUUCAGAAGCCCUGCUAUAUGCUGUGGUGCAUAAUCACCUACCGUAUGCCCAGUAUCUGCUGUCUCAUUUUCCGGAGGAGGCUCUCAAAGUCCCUGGAGAUCAUUUCUGCUAUUGUCCGUCUUCGGCUCCUCACUUGGCCAUGGCCGUCACCUAUGACAGGAGAGACAUAUUGGGGCUGAUCAUCAGCAUCGCACACAAGCUGCCCAGCCUGAACUCUUACAUCAACAGGACUGGCUGUUUUCACUUAGAAGAUGGGAAGACUCCACUGCAUCUCGCCUGUGAGCUUCUGAGGUCAGAGACUGUUCUCAUCCUCCUAGGCAAUGGGGCCUCUCCUCUGAUCGAAGACAGCAAAGGGCUCACCCCACUGGAUGUCAUCCUGGAGCAGAUGUGGGAUUCCAAAGUCAACGUGGCAUCAAAAAAGCUCUGCCUCGAUUACCUCUUGCUGUUCAUGCCUAACCCACGGUUCAAGAUGCAGAAAGUGCUACAGAAGCAUCCCGAGCACUGGACGCUUCUGCUCGGAGAGGACAAGUUCAACAGCCUGGUGGGGAAGGUGCCUCCAUCUUUAUACCUUCAAGCUAUGCAAACCAUCCUCCGGACUCUGCCCCCCUCCCAUUUCCCUAAAAGCAUCCAGGAGCUACCGAUACCUCAGGCAUUAAAACCCUUACCUGGGUUGGGCAAAAUGCCAUCGACUAAAAAUAUGUCUCUCUUUGCAGCAGCUCUUCAGUCCACAUGAAAUAGACCAUAAUCUGAAACUCCCCACCUCAGCAGAGUAUCUACACUACACAGUAUCUACACUACACUACUCUCAAGUCCCAUUAGCUGCAGCCAACUUUAAUUGUCACAGCUCCAUGCAACACAUUGCAUUCUCUGCUAGAGAACUUUAAAGCACCCUUCUUGAUUUAUGUCAGAAAAUUAUAUGGACUUCAGUCCUGCAAUUACAUAAGAUGGAGCCAUGACAGUUA